AUGGGCCACUACGACCGCCGCUACUUCAAGGGCAUCGUUUCAGACGAAGAACGCACCGAAACGCAGUUGCACAUGGUCCGCGCAUACCUCGAAUGGUUCCGCGAGAAGGGCCUCGAUACGUGGAUAGCGCACGGAACGCUGCUCGGAUGGUGGUGGAACGGAAAGCGGCUACCAUGGGACUGGGACAUGGACACCCAGGUGUCAGAAUCCACCCUCACCUACCUUGGCCAGCACUACAACCAGACCACGCACAAGUACCGAUCCGACGACCGCAAAACUGAGCGCGAGUAUCUCAUGGACGUGAACCCCAUGAUCGUCGAGCGAGAGCGGGGGGAUGGCAUGAACAUCAUCGAUGCAAGGUGGAUAGACACUAGCAAUGGCCUGUUCAUCGACAUCACCGGACUUAGCGAGACUCACCCGGAUAGUGCUCCUGGCUGGUGGAGCUGCAAGAACUACCACAAGUAUCAGACUUCGGAUCUCUAUCCCAUGCGCGAGACCAUGUUUGAGGGUGUCGUCGCCAAGGUGCCAUAUGCGUACGAUAAGAUCUUGAAGGAGGAGUACCAGGAGAAGGCGCUCACUGUUACUGAUUUUGAAGGCCACAAAUGGGACACCCAACAGCUGCUGUGGAUCAAGACGCCAGAACAAGCCGAAAGGGACAGGCAAGAAGAGGCCCAACGAGCAGAAGAACGCAAAAAGCAGGAAGAGGAAGAGAAAAACAGGCAAGAACAAGAGGAGAAGCAAGUGUAG